UGCGCUUUAAGCGAAUGAUGUGAAAGGGAGCGUAACCCUUCUCUUCUAGCUCAUCUUUGACCUCCUGUUCGGUGGUUGACGCUGGGAUCCCUCUGAUAACGGCAUGGAUGUUGCGUUCAGUGGGCAAAGGGAAAGUUGCGAUGAGGAAUGUUUUGUCCUCUUUAAAAAGUCUUCGGUUUUGGGGAUGAUAGUCUUCGGUUUUGGGGAUGAUACGUAUCCCAGCGUCAACGGCGACUGCUCGUUUAACACGAAUACCAAGACUUAUAAAAGAAUAGUUUAAAGUGCGCCAUUUUGUCGAAUCUCUCAACACGAUCGGAGUAAUAAGCCCCUGGCGAGGCGAUUGGGUCUAUGUGUUUAGAGAUCCGC